GUAACCUAUCCACUUUCCGGUUGCUUGAUACCUAUAAAAUAGAUAUUUAUCACAGACCUACAACCAUCCUCGUUUUGGUGUUGAGUGCCGGGUUCCUCACCAAAAGCCCAGAAGAACGCCGCUUAUACCACGUCUCCCAUCUCUUGUUCUGAGACCCCGUCAGCCACGAUGGCGUCCGAACAACUAGACUCGAAAAGGUGCAUAGGGCUGGAUUGCAUCAACGAUGCCGGUAGCUUACGGUGUCCAACAUGCCUGAAGAUUGGAGUCGAGAGCCGUUUCUGUUCGCAAGACUGCUUUAAGAAAAGCUGGAGCGAGCAUAAGUCUGUUCACAAGAAGACUACCGGCCAUUUCAACCCGUUUCCAACCUAUUCGUUCACCGGGAGCUUAAGACCCGUAUAUCCUCUUUCCCCCCAAAAAAGUGUCCCGGACUCAAUUCCCCACCCUGACUAUGCCAGUGACGGCAUUCCUCGCUCAGAACAGAAACAUGUCGGUCGACAUAACAUUACAAUACUCAGUCCGAAGGAGCAGGACGGAAUGAGGAAAGUAUGCCGUUUGGCGCGAGAAGUGCUGGAUAUCGCUGCGCGCGAAAUCAAACCUGGUGUUACGACUGACCACAUUGAUGAGGUUGUCCAUCGGGCUUGCUUAGAACGAAAGUCCUACCCGUCGCCACUUAACUAUGUCCAUUUCCCCAAGUCCGUCUGCACGUCCGUCAAUGAGGUUAUCUGCCACGGCAUUCCUGACCAACGGCCAUUGGAGGAUGGGGAUAUUGUAAAUAUUGACGUCACACUCUACCAUGAGGGUUUCCAUGGCGACCUGAACGAGACUUACUACGUCGGAGAAAAGGCCCGCGCAAACCCAGACCUUGUUCGGGUGGUAGAAACUGCAAGAGAAUGUCUGGAAAAAUCAAUUGAAUUAGUGAAGCCGGGCAUGCUAUUUCGAGACCCAGGAAACGUUAUUGAGAAACACGCAAAGAGCAACAAUUGCAGUGUGGUUCGGAGUUAUUGCGGGCAUGGCAUCAACCAGCUUUUCCACACAGCGCCCAGCAUUCCGCACUAUGGGAAGAGUCAGACGGUUGGACAAGCGAAGGCCGGCAUGUGUUUUACAAUAGAACCUAUGAUUAACUUGGGAACAUACCGAGACAAGACUUGGCCGGAUAACUGGACUAGCGUUACUGCGGAUGGACUCCAGUCCGCUCAAUUCGAACACACGUUGCUAGUGACGGAGGAUGGUGUUGAAGUGCUUACAGCGAGAUUGCCGGACUCUCCUGGCGGCGCUAUCCCUAGGCCUGCUGUUGACGGAGAGAGAACGUGAUACCUUUCCAAAGAUCGCCUUGUUCACGUGGUAUUACCACCCAUUUUAAAAAUGCUAUGUGGUCAUGGAUGAUAUUGGUUAACCCCUUUCCUCUCUCUCUCUUUCUUCUAAUCCGUAAAUCGCUUGGCGCUUUGUUUCGCUUCUUGUUGCGAGUGCGGUGUAUUUGACCAUUAGCAUGAAUAUUCCAAGAAAAUAAAGGGGUAACCCAUACAAAAUUUCAGGGAUUGCG